GCACUACCCUUGGUUCUUGCCUCUGCCCAAACAGCUGAUCGUUACCCUUUUGUUUAGGACAAGCAUUAACCUUACAUUUUCUCAUUCAUUUUUUUCAGUGCUUUUCAACCUAUGACCUCAAACCCCCUGAAUUUUGCAGAGUAUUUCUAAGGGGUCCAUACCAGGAACAAGCUUGUUAUCACCAAGUGUAAAUUUCUUAUGCAGGGAUCUGCACUGGAAAAUUGCAACGAUCCAAUAAAUCUGAAAAGAUUGGAAAUCCCUGGGCCAAAGUACCACCAAGUUGGUUUAUAAGCCUUGUAGAGGAUUACAAACACUCUAAAACAACAGUAGCAUUGUGAUCUAAUUGAAAGUGUUUGCAUGCUGAGCAUAGUAGCCUGGAAAAUAAAAAGCCAGUAUUUCACGAUCUAGACUUGCAAUAUAGAAGUACCAUUAACAAUGGAGAAUUAAAAGAUUAUGUUUUCUGCAUUAUUUCAUUCAAGACGAUUAUAAGACAAAAGAAGAAAAUGAAAAGGCACAUACUGGAAUUUUCUCCAAAGUAGAAACUAGCUGUGACCUCUUUAAUGUAUUAAAUGAAUUAAUGCAUUAAAGUCUCCUCCCCUCACCCUCGAAAGUCCCUGUGGGAAGCAAAAUUGUGCCAUCUAGUGGGAUUUAGACCAAGUCUUAGCUGUGCAUUCCCACUAGACCCUACAGACCACCUCCACUUGAGAAUGUUAACUUCAUGGCAUGGACUUUUUUGGAUUCUACUUUGCUCCCGAGUUUAAAUCCCUUCUCUGCUACAGCUGCGGGAAGGGUCUGUUCACCCCGGGUGGCUUAGGGGCAGAAAGGACUUUCUGUGCUCAGAAGGGGAAUAUUCAUGUCCUGGUUUAGGCUGGGAUGGAGUUGGUUUUCUGGCUAGCAGGUGGUGUGGUGCUAUGUUUUGGAGAGCAGCGUUGGUAGUGCACUGGUGUGUUUAGUUGUUGCUAAGCAGUCAAGGCCUUUUCUGCUCCUCACAUGGCCCUGCCAGCGAGUAGGCUGGGGGUGCACAAGAAGUUGGGAGGGGACACAGCCAGGACAGUUGAACCCAACUGACCUAAGGGAUAUUCCAUGCCAUAUGCUGUCAUGUUCAGUAUAUAAAGCUGGGGGAAGAAGAAGGAAGGGGGAGACCUGUUUGGAGUGAUGGUACUCAUCUUCCCAAGUGACCACUAGGUGUGAUGGAGCACUGCUAUCCUGGAGGUGGCUGAACACCUGCCUGCUGAUGGAAGAAGUGAAUGAAUUCCUUGUUUUGCUUUGCUUGCGGCUUUUGCCUUGCCUAUUAAACUGUAUUUAUCUCAACUCACAAGUUUUCUCACUUUUACUCUCCCCCACCAGUGAGAGCGUGAACGAGCAGUUGCAUGGUCCUAGUUGCCAGCUGGGGUUAAACCACAAUUCAAAAGCUGAGUCAGGACUUGCAGGAACAGCCAGUGUGUCCCGAACAGAGACAAUGCAAAUUCACAAGGGCAGGCUCUGAAAACAGGGGAGAGCAGGGGCAAACACAGCAGGGCUGGCUGGCUUGGAGGAAGCUUUUCACUCCUUGAGCCAGGCAGCACUGGCAAGGCAAAAUACACCCACAAAGGCUGGUUUUUUUCCAGAGGCUGGAGGAGGGGAAGUUGCUUUUUCAUUUAUCUGCUCAAUCCAUAUUUCUUCUUGGCUUCUGAGUUGAUGGGAAAGAUGGGGAAAAAUGGUUUUCAUGAGUAUGACUUGGUAAAUUUGGAACACCCAAGGCACAGGAUUCACCACGGGUGAAGGCUCUCCCGCUUGCUAAGCAGGCAGCACCCUCGUUUUGUCACGCUGCACGGCGAUAGAGCUGGGGUGUGCAGACAACACCAAAACACCACCAGUCUCACUUCCUAGUACGCUUUUGUAACCUUAGUUAAGCAUUAGGCCUAAUAUAGAUUUCAGUGCCAUCUUUUAAUCUUUGCCCUUUAUGGAUUAGUGUAUCUUUAUGCCAGACAAUCAUUUCACUGCCUGCAAUUUUUUUCUUCUGUGCUAGUGAUAGGAGAGAGCCAUAUAAUGGACGACUGCAAUACUAAAAUCGUUCCAAGUGUUGCAAGUGACUUAUAUACCUAGCUAAUAAAACCUGACUGAGGUCCUUUGGGAGUGCUCGUUAUUGCCUUAGUCACGACAGGUGAAUGAGUAACAACUCUGUAAGGAGUUUUCACUAUCAGAAAAAGUAAAGUUCACUGGCCAAUCGUCAAAUAAUUAACAACUCUUUCCUCUACAAAUGCAGUGAGAAGUGACCUUUUCCAACAAAACAUAAGCUGUUUUUCUCCAACUCAGAGCAUCCCCUGGAAUAAUUGGAUCAGCUUUGCACACCGGGAGACCUUUUGUCUUGUAUGAAUCAACAUGGAAAGGAAUCUUAAGAAUGUUUUGGUCAUUUCUUUCGGAUUUUUACUUCUCUUCACUGCUUAUGCAGGACUCCAGAGCCUACAGAGCAGUCUCAAUUCAGAAGAAGGCCUGGGCGUUGCUUCCCUAAGUGUUCUCUAUGCUGCACUCAUCUUAUCGUCCAUGUUCCUCCCUCCAAUCCUCAUCAAGAAGCUGGGCUGCAAGUGGACCAUCGCAGGUUCUAUGUGCUGCUACAUCGCGUUCUCCUUAGGGAACUUCUACGCUAGCUGGUACACACUAAUCCCUACCUCUGUGAUCCUGGGCUUAGGAGGAGCACCACUCUGGUCUGCCAAAUGCACUUACCUCACCAUUGCUGGCAAUUCAUAUGCUAAGAAAGCAGGAAAAAAUGGGAAGGACAUUAUCAACCAAUACUUUGGGGUCUUCUUUCUGAUAUUUCAGUCCGCCGGCAUCUGGGGAAAUCUUAUCUCAUCCUUGAUAUUUAGUCAAGCUUCCAAUAAAGUGGAAAUCUCAGAAGAAAACCUGGCCUGCUGUGGCGCGCAUGACUGCAUGAGUGAUACCACCAACACCACUGAGGCAGCGAAACCCUCCAGCUCCUUAAUCUACACUCUGCUAGGGAUCUACACUGCUAGUGGUGUGCUAGCUGUGUUGCUGAUUGUUAUGUUUCUGGACCAGAUCAAAUCUGACCAAGCAGAGACUGAGAAAGAAAUACUAGAGACUCCAUCCUUUUGGUCUACGUUCCUAGCAACUUUCAAGCACCUUAAAGAUAAAAGACAGUGUCUUCUAAUCCCUCUGACAAUGUACAGUGGGUUUGAACAGGGAUUUCUUUCUGGUGACUACACAAAGACGUAUGUGACCUGUGCCCUGGGGAUACAUUACGUUGGCUAUGUGAUGAUCUGCUUUUCAGCUGUAAAUUCCCUCUGCUCGCUGCUCUUUGGAAAGAUCUCUCAGUUCACGGGUAGAAAACUUCUAUUUGCAUUAGCCACUGUUACAAACACCGCCUGUAUAAUAGCACUACUGCUGUGGAAACCUCAUCCUAAGCAGCUUGCUGUGUUUUUCAUAUUCCCUGCUCUUUGGGGCCUAUCUGAUGCCAUUUGGCAGACACAAACUAAUGGACUCUAUGGUGUUUUAUUUGAGAAGCACACGGAGGCUGCCUUUGCCAAUUACCGUCUCUGGGAAUCAUGUGGGUUUGUCAUUGCCUUUGGUUAUAGCACCAAAUUGCAAGUUUACAUCAAACUGUACAUUUUAUUGUCCGUGCUUGUGCUGUCUAUGGUGACAUAUGGAGCAGUUGAAUACCUGGAAGCUAAGAACUCCCGUGGCACACCUACUGCUACAAAGAAGGAAAAUGUAGGACCCCCCACCCAGGAAACACACAUGUAAUCCAACAGGGUCAGAGUGAUGGAGGCAAAGCAAGCUGGCUGGCUCUUCAGGCACGUCUCCAUGGGUGUUCCGACAUUGACCAUCUCCAGAAAGUGGGUAAAGGAACAGAUUUCAAGGACAGUAUAAUGCAAAUGUCAUAGGAGUAAAAAUCUCUUUUGACAUCUCAGCUUUAUAAGUGAAGAUUAUCUGACUUCACCCUUUCAUACAGAUC